UGUUAAUUAACAUUUUGAAACUUGAGUGAAGCUUUGAUCUUCAAGCAUGGAAUUUGAUAAUGGUGACAAGCGGCGGCGAAGCUGCGAAUUCCGAGAGCUCAAGGUGGUUACCUUGGCUGCUAUAUGCUUUAUGAUACUUUCUCAAGCAGAUGCAUUUGAUCCAUUGGAUCCAACUGGGAAUGUGACAAUAAGAUGGGAUAUCAUGUCCUGGACAACAGAUGGCUAUAUGGCCACUGUGACAGUGUUCAACUUUCAACAAUACAGGACAAUCAUGAACCCUGGAUGGACAAUAGGGUGGACAUGGGCAAAGAAAGAGAUAAUAUGGACAAUGAUGGGAGCUCAAGCAACAGAACAAGGAGAUUGUUCCAAGUUCAAGUUGAAGAUCCCUCACAGCUGCAAGAGGAACCCUCAGGUUGUUGACUUAAUGCCUGGAGCACCUUUCAACAUGCAGUUCAAUAACUGCUGCAAAGGUGGUGUCCUAACUUCUUGGGGUCAGGACCCUUCCGGCGCUGUCUCGGCUUUUCAGAUAGGUGUAGGCCUCUCUGGCACCUCUAACAAGACAGUUAAGCUUCCCAAGAACUUCAAGCUUCUCGGUCCGGGGCCAGGCUAUUCCUGUGGCCCUGCUAAGCUUGUGCCUGCCACUGUCAUCCCAACCGAUGAUCGUAGGAGAAAAGCUCAAGCUUUGAUGUCUUGGAAUGUGACAUGCACUUAUUCGCAGUUUCUAGCCUCCAAGAAUCCAAGUUGUUGUGUUUCUUUGUCAUCUUUCUAUAGUGACAAAGUCACAGCUUGUCCAACCUGUGCUUGUGGUUGUCAAAAUAAUGAUACCUGUGUCACGAAGGACUCAAAGUUACUACAAGAAGAUGAGAGAGUAAAGACUAAGAAGAGUGAUAUGACACCAAAACCAUUGCUACAAUGCACACACCACCUUUGUCAUGUGAGGGUGCAUUGGCACAUCAAAGACAACUACCAAGAUUAUUGGAGGGUCAAGAUUGCCAUCAUCAACUUCGACUAUCGACUCAAUUACACUCUAUGGAACCUUGUUAUUCAACACCCCAAUCUCAACAAUGUCACACAAGUCUAUAGCUUUGAAUACAUGCCACUUCUUCCCUAUGAAGCCAUAAAUGACACAGGAAUGUUCUAUGGUUUGAAGUACUACAAUGAUCUAUUGAUGGAAAAUGGGCCUAAAGGGAAUGUGCAAUCUGAGAUUCUUAUGAAGAAGGACAAGAACACAUUCACACUCAAGCAUGGAUGGGCAUUUCCAAGGAGGGUCUACUUCAAUGGUGAAGAAUGCAUGCUGCCACCUCCUGAUUCAUACCCUUUCUUGCCAAACUCUGCUCAUAGACUACUGAUUAGUGCUUCCUCGAUAGCAGCCAGCACCAUUUUCGCAUCGUUUUUUCAUUUGGUUGUGGUUCUUUUAUGAACAAGGGUGACAACUUAGUUAAGAAGCUUACAGAAUAUAGUGCUAAUUUAGCAGGGGGAUACACGUGGUGAAAGUUUUUGUGAAGAUUAAUAUAUGUAUUUGAUC